AUGCCUAACGAAUUUGGCUCAAAAGUUGGCCAUGGAGUCGCCAAGACCCUGGGACUCAAGCUUCCUGAGAAGCAGCAACAUGACCCUGUCACUCGUGGCGAGUCGACAUUUUCUGUCGGCACCAUCGAAACACACUCUUAUGUCGAGCCCGAGCCCACCGUCGGGGAAUGGUUUGCAGAAAUCACCCCAAGCUGGCAGCAAGUCGGACUUUACUUCUAUCGACUUUUCCCUUUCCUGGCCUGGAUCACACGUUACAACAGACAGUGGCUCAUUGGAGACAUGGUCGCUGGUAUCACUGUUGGCGCUGUUGUCGUUCCCCAAGGAAUGGCCUACGCCAAACUUGCGGAGCUGCCCGUCGAAUACGGACUGUAUUCCUCCUUCAUGGGGGUUCUGAUCUACUGGUUCUUCGCAACGUCCAAAGAUAUAACCAUUGGCCCUGUUGCUGUUAUGUCUACACUCGUCGGAAAGAUUGUUAUACAGGCCCAGGAGACGACUAAUGUGGAGCCUCAUAUUAUUGCCUCUUGUCUAGCAGUUAUCUGCGGUGCAAUUGUUUGCGCCCUCGGUCUCCUCCGUCUCGGCUUUAUUGUUGAUUUUAUUCCCUUGCCAGCCAUUACCGCCUUCAUGACUGGUUCCGCCGUCAAUAUCAUCUCUGGCCAGGUUUCUACCAUGCUUGGUGAGCAAGGUGAUGUCAAUACCAGAGGAGCUACUUACAUGACCAUCAUUCAAACCCUCAGGGAGCUUCCGACUGCCGGCCUGGAUGCUGCCAUGGGUGUCACUGCUUGCGCCAUGUUGUACAUUAUCCGCUUUGCUUGCAAUAUUGCGGCAAAAAAGCAACCCCACCGUGCUAAGUUCUGGUUCUUCGUCUCUACGCUACGCACUGUCUUCGUGAUUCUGUUCUACACCAUGAUCAGUGCGGCGGUAAACCUUCAUCGGAGGGAUAAUCCGGCGUUCAAGGUUCUGGAAACUGUUCCCCGUGGCUUCCAGCACGCUGCUGUUCCUACCGUCAAUGCCGAGAUUAUCAAGACCUUCGCUAGCGAACUGCCCGCGGCUGUUAUUGUCCUUCUCAUUGAACACAUUGCCAUUUCCAAGUCGUUCGGACGUGUUAACAACUACACCAUCGACCCCUCCCAGGAAUUGGUUGCUAUUGGCGUGUCCAACUUGCUCGGUCCCUUCCUCGGUGGCUACCCUGCCACUGGAUCCUUUUCACGAACUGCAAUCAAGUCAAAGGCAGGUGUCCGAACCCCGCUAGCCGGUGUCAUUACUGCCGUUGUGGUUCUCCUCGCCAUCUAUGCUUUACCCGCCCUUUUCUGGUACAUACCAAGUGCAUCUUUAGCUGGUGUGAUCAUCCACGCUGUCGGCGACUUGAUUACCCCUCCCAACGUUGUUUACCAGUUCUAUCGCGUCUCACCCCUCGACUGUUUGAUCUUCUUCAUUGGUGUCAUUGUUACCGUCUUCACCACAAUUGAGAUUGGUGUUUACUGCACUGUCUGUAUAUCGGUAGCGAUACUUUUGUUCCGCGUUGCAAAGGCCCGCGGCGAAUUUCUGGGCCGUGUCACUAUUCAUUCUGUUAUCGGAGAUCACAAUUUGGAGGAACCCCAACCGGCCCUUGGCGGUGACACUGACCGCGUACGCUCGAUCUUCCUUCCCCUUAAUCAUGCCGACGGUUCCAACCCCGACAUCCAAGUCGAACAACCGUUGCCGGGUAUCUUUAUCUAUCGCUUGUCCGAGGGCUUCAACUACCCGAACGCCAACCAUUACACCGACUACCUGGUUGAUGCCCUCUUCAAAAAGACCCGUCGUACCAACCCCUUCUCCUACGGCAAACCCGGUGACCGCCCCUGGAAUGACCCAGGUCCUCGCAAAGGGAAGGCGGAAGAGGAUCGAUCUCAUCUUCCGCUCCUUAAGGCGAUCAUUCUUGACUUCUCGGCUGUCAACAAUGUUGACGCCACAUCGGUGCAGAACCUGAUCGAUGUUCGCAACCAACUUGAUAUUUAUACGGCCCCUCGCACGGUACAGUGGCAUUUCGCCCACGUAAAGAACCGCUGGACAAAGCGGGCUCUUGUCGCCGCUGGCUUCGGGUACCCUACCCCCACCUCGGAUGACGGCUUCCACCGCUGGAAGCCCAUUUUCAGUGUGUCGGAAAUUGAAGGCCGGUCCUCAGCCGCCGCCCACGCCGAGCUGGUCACCAACGAGCAGACUCGCCAGGCGAGCGCCCACGGCGGGAACGACUUGGAAAGCGGCAUGAAGCGUACCUCGCACGCCGUCGAGCGCGAGACGCACGGCAUCGAAGAAGAAUCAUCCAACUCUAGCGUUGGCGAAGACAAGCUGCAGCGCGACCUGAAGGAUAGCAAGGCGUACCGAACUCCCCGCCAAUUGGCUGUGGUGCAGGGCGUCAACCGGCCAUUUUUCCACAUCGACAUCAGCAGUGCGGUGGAGAGCGCCUUGGCGAACUCUCAGGAAGAGGAGCCUCCUUCGUACAGCUGA